AUGGACGAAAUUGUAGUCGGCUCCGACGCCGCGUCGAAGAAUGGCGCGGUCCAGCUCACAGCCGCCGGCGCAGAGGCCAAAGCAGCCGCCGCCGCGCCCGUGCCCGCGCCCGAGGCCGGACAAGAGGCUCCGAAACAGCGAAAACCAAGGAAACCUCGGGAUCCUAACGCUCCUCCCGUGCAGCGCAAGCGCAAGUCGGCGCCGAAUGCGGACCUCAACGUCGGCGCGGACUCGAAAUCUCUGGCGUCAAACGGAUCCAACGCGUCUCCAAAAUCAACCGCCGCGACGCCGCCGAUUGCGUCGCGCCAGACGAAGAUUACGGAUCUCGUCAACGCAAUGACGUCGGAAAACCAUACAUCGACGCAGCAAGAUUUCCCAGUCAAGGCCCCGAAGCGUGAGCCUUACGUGAGCUCCAUGUCCAGCAUCCUUAAUGCCACUGAUGUCCCGGUCCGCACGAGCGGACAAAGUUACGACCCCAUCCGUGGCAAUUACGAUCCGAUUCGCGAAACCAUGGUGACUCGCGACCCCUAUGGCACCAGCACGGCGAACUCCCCGCGACCCCCGACAGCCCAAGCGCCCAGCCGCGCUAGUGCGUCUCCCUCCAUCUCUAUGCUUGUGGAUCCGACACCCACCCCCGGCAAUAACCCCAUUUCUCCCUCACAACCUUCCCGACAGUCCUCGCAACAACCCGUCAUGACCUCCCUUCGCCCAACACACGAGCCGCCUUCAAUUCCAGCGUCGCCCACACCACAACCGGUCCGGUCUAAAGCCGCCGAUUCCAAACCCUCUUCCACGACUGCCGCGGCCCCAGCGGAGACCAAGAAAGCGACCAACAAUGAUCUUGACGACACAGUUGGCGGAGGUGAGGCGGAGCGAUCGAUCCUCGACUUUGGAAAGGCUAAGCCCGGCGAGGAGCUGCAAGCCCCGACUAUCGUCUUGGAAGUGUCAAUUCUGCCCGGUGAAACCAACAAGUAUGUCAACUUUAUGCGCAUGGCGGAGGAGCGUUACGGUUGGGAUGCUCUCCAUCCCCGUCUGGCGGCUCAUCGCGAUCGUAAAGCCCGGAUCGCUGCCGCUGCGUCUGCGCUAGAGAAGACGGGUUCCGGUCGCGAAUCGGGCGAUGAGAUGUCGGAGGACGUGUCCGACAACGAGGGCGCGGGCACGGAUCACGGCGGUGCGGCGAGCGGCGUCGACGUGCCUGCGAAGCCCGCGAAGAAGAAGCGCAACUUCAAGGAGGACGAAUAUGACCGCGACGACGACUUUGUGGACGACUCCGAAUUGCUCUGGGAGGAGCAGGCCGCCGCCAGCCGGGACGGAUUCUUUGUGUACUCGGGCCCUCUGAUACAAGAGGUGGAAAAGCCCGCAGCAUCUGAUCCACCCAAGCGAGGACGAGGCAGCCGAGGCGGACGCGGAAGCCGUGGAGGCGCUGGCCGAGCUAGCGGAGGCACUGGAAGGGGCGGUGGUCCCGGAUCGCGGGGCGGUGGUGCGGCCAAGCGAGCGCGAGGAUCAAAGGCCAAGACGGCGUCCGAGCGUGAGAAGCCAGAGAAGGAGAAGCCCUCCAAGCUCUCUUCUCCGCAACCCAACAGCAAUCCCUACGGCCUCUUGCAGCCCACUACUCCCCUGACAGCGACUGCUACUGUUGGUUAA